AUGCAUCCGUCACCGUCGCUGGACGUGGCUGCGCUGGAGGCCGCUCGGGAUAACUUCACCGUCGCCGAGAGCGACCACCGUCACUUUGCGCGAUGCUGGGCCCAUCAGACCUGCGGCGGGUGCCUCGAUGAAACGAAGUGUAGCUGGUGUCCAUAUACUUGGUCAUGCGUCCCCAACUCAUACAUGAUUCCGCUGCUGGCCCCGGCCUACCAGGCCGAUAUCUGCCCCCAUCCCGCCGAGCGGUGGGAGCUGCGCUCGCAGCCCUUUGGCUGUGGCGUGUCGUCCACUACGAGCUUGACAGCCUUCGUCUCCAUUGCCGCCACGCUGGCCGUCGCCGUCUUCGUCCUCCUCAACGCCGUUGCCGUAAUGCGCUGGCGUCGCUACACCAAGCAGACGCCGCAUUGGCGCGACGGGUGGGGGCAGCGCUGGCGAAAGGCCCUGGCUCCGGCGCGGGAUCAGGAGCGAGCCCCGUUGCUUUCCAAUGCAGAGGGCGUUCCCGCAGGCCACGGCAGCCCUUGA